CGGGGCGCGCGCGAUGGUUGGGCGACUCAGCCUGCCGGACGCGCCGGAGCUGCCCGACUCCAAGCGCCGGGCCGAGCGGGCGCUGGACAGUCCGGACUCCGGCCUGCCGCCCAGUCCGAGCCCCGGCAGCUGGCUGGCCAACGGGCUGCCCGAGGCGGACAGCGGGGCGCCGCCGGCCGCCAAGCCCCCGCCGGCCAAGGAGACCUCGUCUUCUCCCAACCCUCUGCGGCUCUGCCCACUCUCCUUUGGCGAAGGAGUGGAAUUUGAUCCGUUGCCGCCCAAGGAUAUAAGAUACACCUCCUUGGUUAAAUAUGACUCAGAGAAACACUUCAUUAACAAUAUUUACAUGCCAGUCCAGCUAGGUGUGUCUUCUUGCAGCCAAACUGUCAUCUGUGUUCCCGACAGCACAUGGCGCAGUUACAAAGCGGAGGUGAAACUCCAGUUGUGCAACAGACCCAGGAAUUUCACCAGCACCACUAUCGUCUACCCCAAGCACACCAAGACUGUGUACACAACUACGCUGGAUUACAACUGCAAAAAAUUCAUGCGGAAAUUCUUGUCCAGUGUGGAGUUGGAAUCAUCUGGAAAUGAUAACAACCUUGACAGCUGUUGACUCUCUCCCUUCUCUGUUGCUGCGACUCAGGUCCCUUCUACACCACCGGUGUUUUCACUUUCAGAACUAAAAAUAGCUUUGGAGUGACCUGCAGACAUCCAUGCCCCUGCAGACAUCCACAGGCCGGGAACGAGGAAGAGAGAACAUCAAACAACCGUUUGCUUUGCUUCCUGCUAUUUGUUACAGGCCACGGAGUUAAAAAAGAAAAAGAAAUUAAGCCCCUAAUCCUCAAUUUCUCCAAAGACGGAAAUUAAAAAACCUAAUGUCUCCCCCUCAGCCCAUGUUCUUACUUCAUGCAUUGCUGAGUUUGUGAAAAAAAAAAUCUGAGUGGCUGAGCCCCAAAGCCACCAAGCCACCAUUCCCAUGAAAGGACCUGCAAGGUCAGCUGAAACCCAGGGCAGGGUGAAGUAAGAGUUUCCUUGAAUGGGAAAAUAGGCCUGUGGGGGACAGCAUUUCAGAGCCUUUGGAGGAGAAAGCAGUGCCUUUUUAGGUAGUCCUCCACUUAUGACCACAACUGGGAACGGAAUUUCCGUCAUAAGUCAUUGCAGUCGUAAAUCGACUCACCUUAUGACCGGAUCGGAUUUUAUGACUAUUUUUAUGAUGGUCGAUAAGCUGAUCACCGCAGUCAUUAAGCAAAUCCCGGAUUGUUAAGGGAAUCCAGCUUCCCCAAAGGAUGUUUUUUGCUGUUUUUUUGCUGGAAACAGGUUGCAAAUUGCGAUCAUGUAACCAGUUGUAAUGGUUGCCUAACCUAACAAAGCCAGACUCACAAGUGGGCUCUAGGAAAUCUGGUUUAUUGAAGGAUUAGUAUGCAAGUACAGAGAAAGCUGAGAAUGAGCAAAAGCGCGCCAAAUACAAAUUAAGAACCCUCGGCUCAAAACGUAAGACCUCCCCCCACCCAGCCGUUCUAACCGCCCCCCCUCCCAGGUGCCAGUAACUGUCUUCACCAGUCCUGGGAAAGCAACCUUGAGCAUUUGAGAAAACCCAAACACAUUCCAUUCCCUCAACCAAGAGAUAACAGUCCGGGCUAAGGCAGCCUCCCUUUCCUGCAAAUCGACCCCGCAAUUAACAACUGACACGUGAAGUGUUACAAAUCAAAUACGUGGUUAGCAAAUGACAUGUGAAGUGUUACGAUGUACCAGGCACAUUGAAACAGUGAACAUGACACCAGUCAUAAAUGCAAGCCAAGUGCCCAAAUUGCAAUUUCGUGACCGUGGGGUGGUAGGAUGAUUGCAAAUGCGAGUCCCAGUCGUAAAGCACUUUUUCUGAGGCCGUCGUACCUUUGAAACAUCAUUAAACGAAUGAUUGUAAGUCGAGGACUGCCUGUGUAGAGUUUCAGCUACAUCUCACAUCUCAAAUCAAGCCCGAAAUAAAUCGUCUUAGCUUUCCACUGCCGCAGAUAUCACGGAAUUGAAGAACCCAAAAGCUGCUUUCGGGCCAGUGCAGAACCCUUGUGUAAAGUAUGUCAUACUUUACCCCCGUCACAUUAAAGUGUUUUGUAUAAAAGCUGGUUCUCCUGUAACAUGUCCCUUUCUGCUUAAAGGUUCCCGCACUUUGUUGUUUCUUUAUGUGUAAGAAUAGCAAUUUUUUCUCAAUUCUUUUUCUUCUCCCUUUAAAAAAAAAAAGCUGUAUUGGUGCUUCUGUUGUUUCCUUAUAUGGGGUGCAAAGAAGAGAAAGAGAAAAGUCACUUGCUUUCAGAGCAGGGGGAUGUGGAACAGUGGUCUUCGAUGGAAAGCAACUUUUUUGGAUAGUGGAAACUGUCUUGGUUGCCCUGAUUCAAGAGUGUUUAUAAAAAACAAAACUUUUUUCACCUAACCUUUUAAAGUCAUUGUGUUUUUAGGCUAAAUGCAGCACUUCCUUUGUUAAGCUAAAGCAGUGUUUUCCAAACUUGGCAACUGUAAGAUGGGUGGACUUCAGCUCCCAGAAUUCCCCAGCCAGCCAUGGCUGGCUGGGGAAUUCUGGGAGCUGAAGUCCACCCAUCUUACAGUUGCCAAGUUUGGAAAACACUGAGCUAAAGUAUAAUAUAUAGGUUUUGCUGGAGCAAUUCCUAAUUUUAGAUUGAUGCAGAUUUUUAAAAAUAACCUUCUGACCCUGUUCUUCUAUUCAGAAUGUCUGGAGAAUUCAAAACUCAUCCAGGCAGCUGGUUCAAAUGGUUUUACAUUAAAGAAAAAGACCAGUUGUUUGCUGUCGUUGUCGCAGGGAUCAAGCCAAAGCAUCUUGCAGACGGGCCUUUUGGUACUUAGUUGCAAGCAAUGAGACAGUUAAAGGUUAUGGCUUCACUUUUGAUAGGAAAGUUUUCUUAUCAUUGGAUAAUUUGUAUACAAAGGGAAGAGGAGAGGAAAAACAGGUAAUUAUAGGCACUUGUGGGAAUUAGUCUUUAAUUUGGAGAAAGACCGGCAGCUGCAAAUUUCUUCCCAGGAUACUGUUCUACAUCUGAGGCUAGCUUUUACAUUUUUGGAUGUAGGUUACAGAUACUCCUUGCUUAACGACUGUCCAUUUAGUGAUGGUUUGGACUUACAACAGUGCUGAAAAAAGCAACUUAUGACCAGUCCUUCACUUACAACCGUUGAAGUGUCCUCAUAGUUACAUGAUCACAAUUUGGGUGCGUGGCAACCAGUUCACAUUUACGGCAGCAUCCCAUGGUCACAUGAUCACCAUUUUCAACCUUCCCAGCCAGCUUCUGGCAAGCAAAAUCAGUGAGGAGCUGUGAUUUGCUUAAUGACCAUGUGGUUCACUUAAUGACUGCAGUGAUUCACUUAACAGCUGCCGAAAAAUGGUCAUAAAAUCAAGUCGGAUUCACUUAAUGACCACUUUGCUUAGCAACUGAAAUUCUGGUCCCAGUUGUGGUUGUUAAGAGAGGACUACCUGUAAAUGUAAUCUGUGUUUUAUUGCCAUCCAGCUGUUUUCUGGUAUGAAACAAGUUGUGUUGCAGGAAAAAUAAUCCCUAAUAACAAAACUGGAGAAAAAUUUGGAAAAGCAAAAAAAAUUUACUUUUGUAUAGGAAGUCAUGCAACUAAGUUAAGGUUGGGUUAAUCAUGAUUUGUUAGAGGAGCCACAGUGGGCAUGUUCUCAUAGCAUGCUGAUCUGCAAGCCAUGGUUUACAGGACUAA